AUGUUGAGGCCGUCUCGCCAUCCCUAUCAGGCGACAACAUUGCCUCAACCUUAUCUGCACGUCCGAAAUCCUUGGGGAGACAAACCGGAAUCAUCGACCAACAGUUCUUGUGGAAGUCGAAGUGGUCGAACGCGAAAUACAUUAUCCCAGCCUUCGGAAUGGCUUCUCCCAAGAAACCAAAUAAUGUCACAUCAGGGUCCGUUGUUAAAUCAACACGUACAACCCGUUAUAAUUUCGUCACAAAGUGCCGGAACGGCUAUGAGCACAGGCCAGGAAAGCUCGGGAGGAGAUUCCUCGACAGGAGGAAUGGGAAGUUGCGGAGGGCAGUGCAUAGCCUGCGAAACAUUUUGUUACUACUUCCUACAGGUAAUAUUCAUAGCAGGAAUAUUGACAGGGAUAGCUUUGACAAUCGCCGGUAGUGUACUUCACGGUAAUCAAAAAGAAGGAGAUUUAGUGGUUCUCAUGUACAUCGGAGUGUUGCUCGUGUUAGUUUGUAUUCUCUUAUUAUCCGUACAUUGUUGCGUCAGGCGUAACGUUAAGGAAAGGAAACGUGCUCUGAGAUUGUCGUUGAUGGACGGUUCUCGACGAAUCGUACAUCCAGGAGGAGGAGGAGGUGAUUUCACGUCGAUACCCGUACACGAUUUCACACCGGAUCCCCAUUAUCGUAAUUCCUAUUUGGAAACCAAUUUAAACGAUAUCGAAGGACCGGAAAAUGCAAGACCUUUUUUAAACGUGAUGACAAAUCCGAGCUAUCAUCAUUAUCAACAUCGUCAGAAUACUUUGAGUCGAACCGGUGGAGGUUUGAAAAUGAAUUCUUGCGAUCCAAGAUUGUCUUCGGAAAUGUCGGAGCGUCACGUUUACGAUUGGGGAAGAAAUCAUCACGUGACGGGAGUACAUAGGCCGUAUAGAUAA